UACAGAAGAAAAUAGCGAAGCAGACAAUUGUAGUAGUAACAUCGGGGAAACGGAAAAAGUACCGGCGACAUUGGAUUCAAUCAAUUACAGCAGUGACGAAAAUAUCGAAUAUAUCGACGUCUGGCCGCCGUCUCCGUCUCAUCACACAGGAACCGCCGCCCACACAGUGAUAAGAACUGGUGGAGCAAUGCCAAUGGACGGUCAAAUGGACACUAACGAUAAUAUACAAUUACAAAUUCCGAACCGUUCGAACAAAAAGUCAAGAACACUUGAGAGUACACCACCGCAAGUUAAUGAAAUUCCAAAUGACCAAAUCACGUCAACGAUAUUUUCAAGUGUUCACAUAACUCGCGACGGGCAGAUUCUCAAAAAUGAAGUAGAUAUUUUGGGUGAUUGCACAGUUCAAUCUACUAUUGAAUUUGAAAACACUUUACCAGAAGAAUCUUGGAAUAGUUGUUUGAUGACCGAAAAUUGCCAUCAUAAGGAAAGUCUGGAAAAUACAAAUAGUAUUAUUGAACCUGGGACGGUACCGGAAAUUAAAAUAGAAAAAGAUGAAGAAGAAGAUUCGUUCAACACACCGACAUAUAGUUGUUCAACAGUCCAGAAUACACCUAUAAGAAUAGAUGCAAAUACAAACAAUGUUACCAAAACUUACAAUGAACAAGACGUAAAAGUGGAAGUAGACUUUUUGGGAAACUGGAAAUUCGUCUCUACUAUAGAAGUUGAAAACCAGUUGCCUUUAAGCUUGCAUAGUACAAGUUUUAAUAAGGACGAAGUACAGAGCUUUGUUUGCAAUCUGUGUCAUGAUUCAUUUACGUCAAAAAAGCGAAUUAUUCAUCACUUACAAAAAUUCCACAAAACGAACUGUAAAACUACAAAAAAAAUUUCAAGGAAUAAGUUUAGGUGA